AACGACAUAUUUCCUACUCACCCGUGUUCACACCCAUCACGGAAGAUACCAUGAAUCGUUUAUUCUGCUACACUAUAGGCCUUCAAGUUCCUACGUUGGCGUCAAGGCGACAGCUCGUCAUGCAGGAGCGGUUGUCUUUCAAAACUGAGCAGAAAGAUGAAAUUCUCGCUAUUUGUGAUUCUCCUGUCUACGGGAAUUUUCCCAAAGUUAAAAGCUUGUCGACAAUGAGCGCCGAUGACGAUACUGCCUCUACUGUCUCCUCUUUCGAUGACUCUCUGUCUGGAUAUAGUGUAACCUUUGCGGAUGAAAUUGUCACAGCUGUCUUUGUACGGCCAGCUACGACACGAGAAGAAAAACGAGAGCUGUUUUAUAGCGAUAUCGAUUACCGCCGAUUUCGAUACGAGUCGUAUUGUAAUCGAGAAAUUAAAGACACAGUGGUCAAAUUUGCACCGAGCGUUGUGUCAAACAUACACGUAUAUCCAUGCGCAGAAGAGAAGGAACUAUUGUUCUACUCUGCGACAGACUUGCAAAGAUUUCUUGACGAAUUUGUUUCUCAUCUUCGAGAAACCAGUUUAUGAAGAAAAAAUACUUGCUGCUUUUCCGAUCAUUGGACCCCCUCCCCCAGCUAGCUCUAUGUACCCUUUACCAUUAUUCCCCGGAGAAACACCCACCUUAUGUAUACCUUAGACGCAGGCAUUCCUUUUGGCUUGACCCCACAUGCACGUUUUCAUCAUUGUUCAUCACGCAUCGUCGCAUCGAUUGGGCGACCAAACUAUUGUUUCAGCUAUUCAUUU